UAGUCAACAAGAGUCACCAUCAAAGAGGAUGUAGAAGUUCCUAUGCAUCAAAUUCAUAUGUGCAAGCCAAAAGCCCAAAAUUCAACCCAUAUAUAAGAAAAUGAUCAAUAUGCAAACCAAAUUCAUAUGCAACUCAAACCUUAACUCUUACAAUGGCAGAAGGAGCUACAACUACAAAUGCUUCAACAAGCUUGAAUGAAGUUGGAAAAUUAUUUGGCCAAUUUUUCGGGAUAUUGUUUGCGAUCAUUGGGUUUGAAGCAAUGGAUACAAGUAAGGGAAAAUCUCUACUAAUGAUGGCAUUGGUUUUCAUGCUUGCUCUUUACUACUUGGUUUUGGUUCUUGUGACAAUGUUACAGUUUCAAAUUCAGAGUUUGCUUCCAUUCAUGAUUGUAGUACUUUUACUUGGAAGUGUUGUUUCAUUCUUAGCUUUGAUCAUUAUUUCUCCUAUGGUUGCUUGGAUUUAUUUCGGCUUGUGGUUCUUAAUCUUUGCUUUGAUGUGCUAUAAAUAUCGAAAAGUACUAUAUCAAAUGAUUCAUGAAAGGAUCAAGAAUUUUAUGGACGGUCAGACUCAUAAUGGCAAUUCCGAGAUACCAAUCGGAGUAAGGUCGCUUCCGGUCUAGAGAAAUUGAUUGCUUUUGAUCAUGUAAAAUCUGUACGUGUAACUUGCCUUAGAGCAAUUCGGGUUGUUGUAAUUUUUAUUUUAAUUAGUAUGUUAUAAGUAUAAAGUUUCUACGAGAGUUCGAACCAUCGAGAAAUCGUUAGGAUACACAAGAUGAUCUUUUCCUUCAAGAGUUCGAACCCUAACCAUCUGCUGCUUAAGGGGUGAA